AUGGAGGAUCGCGAACACGAGCUCGGGGCACAACCUCAAAUGCUGGAGGCCGCUGCCGAGAUUUGCAUGCCUGCGACAGACUCCGGCCUGGUACAGAUAGGGGAGAGUGAGGCAGAUGAAGAAUUAAACACCUCGCGCCUGUGUGAACACGGAGAGCCAGUUGAACAAUUGUCACGCUAUCGGGAGGAAAGAACUCCCUCUUCUCAACAGGGCGAACCCGGAUCGUUGGGCGGCGGUGUCGAUUGCAGCGACCAAGCAAGCAGAAACGCCAACCCCGUAUUGCCGUUGCAGGAUAUUUCGAGGAUUUUCUGGGGCUGGGAAGAGAAUAUUGCGAAAAAUUCAUCCACGGAAGCGAGUCCUCGGCGAUUCAGCCGGUCAGCCAAUGAGGGCGAGGACGAUGGGGCAGGGGCAAGAGAUGUGGAACGAUCACCAGAAGAAAACGUAACAAAGAAUGAACAGUCGAGCUCCAUUUCGCAAAACCCGGCUUUGGAUCGAGUUCCAUUUGCGAUAUCCUACCCUUCUUACUGUGCUCACCUGCGCUACGAGAUCCGCCUCACCAAGCGCUUUUGGUCGUGUGAUUUACAUCACCGCGACUGGCGGCAGGUUUUUGUUUCCUCAUACUUCCCCAACUUAAUUGAUGUAGCUUCGCUGGUCGUCAUCCGACUUUUUCUGUGUGUUGUUUUGUUGGUACUCGAGGUCCUUGCGUCCCGUGACGUAAAGAAGGAUCUGGGCUGGCCUAUGCUUCUGUAUUUCACCAACUGGAAUUCGUACCUGACGACAAUCUAUUUUUGCCUUCUCUGUUUCUUGUCAGUAAGGGCUGCCUGGUCGUUCAGAACGCCACUUAUUUCUCGCGACGUAGAAACAGAAAGAAUACCGGAUGAUCAUUCCGCGCAAUGCUACCUUGACCAGGCCGAUGAGGUGAACGAGAAUGAGCUGCCAAGUGUCAACGCCUCGCUCGAGAUGCCUGCAAAGGUGACUGGACAGUCGCAAAAACGGACCACAAAAAGUCGAAUUUCAACGCGGGCGUCUACAGAAAGCCAGCAGUCAAGACACAAGUAUCCGCAUCGGCACUACAACCCAAGCAAAGGCCCUUGGGGAUGUUUCUGUAUCCACCACCGCCACAUUGCGCCCGCGCUUCCGCCUCAUUCCACCAUAAGACGCAAGCUUGUAGAUUGUGUACUGCUUCCUGGAUAUCACGAGCUCAUGUCACAUGAAGUCUACUGUGUGGAGGGAAUCCUCUUGGCACCAAAUCCUUCAUAUCCAGAGAGUUUGGCAUGGACCUGUUUUCGAAAAAAAAAUGCGAGUGCGAAGCAGGAUGCCGAAACAAAACCAGAUGCGUCCAAACAAGAAUCAGACACGGAGUGUUCGGAACGACCUCGCACGCCCCUCCUGGUUUCGAUUGUAUGGGUUCUUCACAGUGUCCACCUCGUUGCAUCUGUGGGAGUGUGCGUCAUCUUCUUUUCCCUUCUGAAUCAAAACGGAAAUACAUUUCCAGAGUCCUGGUACUCCGUAUGGAAGCAUCUUAUGAUUGUGGUUGUCACGCUCAUGCAUUCAUUGCUUCUUUCGCGUAUUCCAAUCCCGAUUCGCCAUGUCGUCUUCGAGUACAUCUUCAUCAUGAUAUAUCUGGCUCUGCAAGUGGUCGUGUUCCUCCUAGACCUCCCAAAUGGUGAUGGGGGUCAUGGGUACAUCUAUCGCGUGUUUGACAUGCGUUGUCCAGGCCGUGCCUUCGGUGUUGCGAUUCUCGUCCUCGCCAGCAUUGCCGUUCUGACGCUAGCACUCUGGUCUGCCUCUCGACAGAGAUCUCUUUUUGUUGACCCUCCCCCAAGUGUCGCAGUUUCUGCUUCCACUCUUCUUGAAAUUCGAACCAAACAGCUUGCUGCUAAGCUCCACGAACUCCAUCUUUCUGUUGACUGUGGAGUCGGCGAUUGUUCUGUUGACGCACGCGAACCAAGUAGGCAACUGCCCGUCGCUGUUUCCUGA